AUGCACUCCUUGCCUUAUGAACUUUUGAAGAUAAUCAUUGACGAGGUGCCGAAUCACCAGGACCUGCUCCGGAUUCGACUGGUGAACACAACAUUCCGUGCACUAGCCACACCACGCGUAUUCCGCUGGUUUCGCGUCUGCGGCACCGCACAGAAUGCUAGUGCAAUCAACGAGAUUGCACGACAUGAAACGCUAGCGGGAUGUAUUCAAGGGAUCGUGUUUCCGGUAGAUCAUUCAAAGAAAAUAGACUUGAUGGAUUCUGCAAACUCUUUUGUCGAGUUCUGGCAGCAUGCGGUGCAGCAUCAAGUCCUCAACACCCUCGCAUCUCACCCCCAAUCCCUUACGGAGUUCUCACUGCACAGUGACAUAGAUGUUGGCAUCGUCGCCAAAAUCGAUUUUUCAGACCUACAUUUCCCCGCACUCACAUUUAUUUCGUUAACUGGGAUCUUAUUUAACGAGGAAACCCACGUCGAGGACUUCAUCGUGCGACAUAAGCGCACCCUCCGAACACUGUCCCUCCAAUCUUGCAACAUCGCGAUCCACGAUCCCAUACAAGGACCACCUCGCUUUUGGUCGCAAAUAUAUACUCGAUUUGCGGAUGUCUUGGAGGAACUGAUGUGGCGUCCCAUCCUCAUCGGCAGAUACGCGCAGCUGGACCCAGAGACCGGAUAUUCGUAUCUCGUCCAGGGUCGUGUGAGGGACGAAGACGCAGAGGCUUUGAAGUUAUUAGUCGCCCGGGUUACAUCAAGGUCCGGGUAA